AUGACCGCCAAGUCUGAAGUUUUCAAUGACAGGAAGUCUGUUAUUGACUCGCCUCCUACAUACGAUAACAUUUAUGCAUCUGCAUCAGCAGAGUUUGUCAAAUGCCCUGAUACCCAACCAUCUCUAUUUUCCUUCUUCCUACGAAACAAUAAUAAAAGGACAAUGGUUCUAUCUCGCGUCCGUGAUAUCGUCUCAACUACAGAUUUUAUUUCUUCCUCUGUUUCCCCAAUUGUUGAGGCCUGUGCUGCUGCCCUCUCACCUGGAGAAUUCUCCGACCUGUUGCAAAAACCCGAUAUCGAAGGUCACACGGCAAUAUAUUGGGCGAUUGUGAAUCACCGGCAGAGAAGCCAUUUCGGCAUUUGCUGCAUUCAUCCCCCGAUUCUCGUCUGUUUGCUCUUCCGACUGUACGUCUCGCAUUGCUAUAAAUCGCAAGACGAGUCCUUGAGAUACUUUCUGAACUGUCCACCAGAUGAGGUUCAGGUCCAGGAUACAGGGGAUAGAAAGUUCAACAGCCAGUUCGUCGCUCAUUUCUGCAUCAGGAUGUUCCAGAAACGCCUGCGCGUGUCACAGAAAUUGGGCAUAGAAUUUGUUGCAAGUGUCCUCGCAGAGCGUAUAUGGCUGCUGUAA